AUGCACGGUGCAGGUCAACACGGCAUUAAGGGACCAGUAGUGAACGUCUGUGUUGAUGUGGACGACAUGGUGACAAUGUUGCCUCGUGCCAUCGAACAAGACCGAGCCCUCAAUGUACAUUUGAAGCGGCGCAUGCUUGUGAAGACGACCUACCUGGCAGGGGCAGUAAAAAAAUGUGAUCUGCUGCCGUGGCUUAAGCUGCUGUGUGAUAGCACGCUGUACAAGCAUUAUAAUAUAAAGUGCGAUUUUGCCCGUUUGGGGGAUAUCGUAGAAGUGGACGAACACGACGAGAUCGAGUUGCUCCCGCAAUGCUCAGACCUCAACGAUCCGAUCCAAGUGGCUACAGCCAUGACUCUGGCUCAGCACACUCUCGUAUGGGACGAAGACAAGUUUCUAGCGAUUGCGCCAGGUGAGGGAAAAAGGCCCGUGAGCAUACUUUAUGACGAACACUCAGAGGAGCUUUCGUUCCCACAGAUCGAUCUCGGUGAGCCGCGCCGAGUAGAUGCCAGCGCAAAACCGACAGUCUUCACACACGCCAUGAGUGAGAUCCGCAGAUCAGACCGUCGAGGGGCCACCCCGCAGCACGUGCUGUACAUGGCCAUGAAAGUGUUUAGGCACCGAGUAGCCGGUGACAUGUGUGUGGCCUUCCGUAACAUAAAGGCACUGGAAACACUAACGAAGCAACAGUUGCUCGACAAGGAUUUUGUGCAGCAAGCGGUCGAGCACGACAUGGCUUUCAUGCAUGGUAUUCCCAACACCGUGCAGUACUGGACAAAACGCAAGAAAGACCUCUUUGCUAUGAUACGGCAGUUGGGUAAGCCGACCGCGUUCCUCACUCUUUCUGCCUCGGAAAUGCACUGGCCCGACCUUUUGCAGUUGCUUCAACGCCUUCGGUUGAAGCCCGGCGAGAUCGAAGUACCACUGGAGCAAAUGAACAGCAUUUAUCGAGCACAGCUAGUAAAUGACGAUCCCGUGGUCUGUGCCAUAUAUUUCGACCGAUUGGUGCGUGUCAUUCUCAACAUUCUCCGCAACACCCGUGUAUCGCCUUUUAGGCCGUACAUAGUCGUCGACUACUUUAAGCGGAUCGAAUUUCAGCACCGCGGGUCGGCACACGCGCACAUUCUCCUUUGGCUUCAUAACGCGCCCAACGAGGAGCUCUCGAUGCUCAUGCCCCAGACUCUUGAAAUAGCCAACGUUCUGCUUUCCAUCGACAACGGAUGCUUGAAGCGGGAGCGGACUCAGGUGCACCAACACACGCAUACCUGCUACAAGCACAACACCACCAGAUGCCGCUUUAACGCGCCUUUAAUGCCCAUCGAUGAAUGUAUGGUCGUAGUGCCUUUCCCCACUGUGGACAAUGAAGCGCAGAAGAAGAAAAUCGAGAGCCUCCUAAACAAGUACGAGGCCAUGCAUCAGGCCCUGGAAACGACAAAUUAUGACUCCAUGGAGCAGUUUUGGGAACAUCACGGUGUCGCGGACAAGGCGGAGUACAUUUCUGUUCUCCGAGCAGGCACUCCUCGUGCCACCAUCAUGCUACCCCGUACCGUGCAUCAAAAGUGGGUGAAUUACUUUAACCCAUGGGUUGCAUCAAUUCUCGAUUCUAACAUGGAUCUUCAGAUCGUCCUCGACACGUACGCGUGUGCUGCCUACGUGGUGGAAUAUGUAAACAAGGCCAACCGAGGUAUGUUGAACCUCAAUCGAGCAGUGCAAGAAAUUGUCAAGGAGAAGGGGGAUAUGGCCUAUUCUCAGGCACUGAGACACCUAGGUGUGAAAAUGUUGAAUGCCAUUGAACUGUCCGCACAGGAGGCCGCAUGGUGUUUGCUCAACCAGGAUAUGUCGGAGGCGAGUCGCAAAGUUGUCUUCGUGAACUCUGCAUGGCCCGAGGAAAGGACGCGCAUUCGGAAGUCUAACGCUCAGAUGGCGCAGGAAGGCUUAGUAGAAUCAAGCACUGAUGUAUGGAAACGGACGAUGAUCGAGCGCUACGAAGACCGCAUUCCCGAAUUGGAACCUGUUACUCUAGCAGAGUUCGCUACCGAGUACAACAUAUAUACCUACAAAAAGAGGAAUCAGCGACGGAUACUUCGCUACCGCGGUUACUCCGUAGACGAUUCAGUCAACUUCAAGCGAGAACAUGUCCUGCUUUUCUAUCCAUUCCGCAAAGAAGUUGACAUCUUAGACCAAAACUGUUUCGAGCGUCUGUAUGAGCAAAACAUCGACGUCAUUCUAGAGAACAAGGCACGGUACCACAGUGACGUAGACAUUGAGCAAAUUCGUGCCGUUUGUAAUUCCAUGCUCCAGUCAAAUGACGGGGAACAUUGUGCCACUUCUGACCUCCCAGAUGUGAGACUGCACCCGAUGGCCAUGGAAAACGACGACUCCGAUCUCCUAGACAUCGGUAUGGUCCAAUCCAAUGCCCCGUUUAAGCAGUGCCCCGCCGUGUGCACGCGCCAAGACGUCAUGAGCAGAGAUCAGUACCUGGACACAAUGCGCAAAACGAAUGAGGAGCAGUACGAGAUCGUCCGAGAAGUCGUGCAUAGACUCACUAUACCGGACUCUCCGCCACUACAAAUCUUCUUCACGGGAGUGGCUGGAUGUGGGAAGACAUUUGUACUGCGUCUCAUCAUGGACGUCUACAACAGAUAUUGCAACCCUGCUGGUUCAGAUAAUGUAAACGCCUAUGUUGCCUGUGCUACAACUGGAAAAGCGGCGGUCGCGCUUGGUGGAAUAACUGUACAUGCAGCGUUCAGACUUACCAUCAAUAGGGAUGGCGGACUCCGGGACAACGAGUUGAACACGUUCCGCUAUGCGUUCAGGAACGUCAGGUGCGUGAUUAUCGAUGAGGUUAGCAUGAUGUCCGCCGACAUCCUUCAGAAAGUGGACUCGCGACUCCGCAUCAUCACUUGCAAAUAUCUAGAGCCUUUCGGCGGGUUAGACAUCAUCCUCUGCGGAGACCUGCGCCAGCUUCCCCCCGUUCGUGCCGCCGAGGUUUUCAAGCGCGUCAAGACGAACAGUGUGUUUAACACGGAAAUCGCAUGGCACCAUUUGUCAUACUUUGUCCUCACGAAGGUCAGUCGGUUCGUCACGCAACAACAAGCAGAAACGUGUUGUCCCGGUGGCAUCCGCUUGUACUACUCCAACAAGGAAUCGGACUACUACAAUACGAACACGGCCAUUGCAACCGAAGAUAAUUGUGUGGCAUGUCCGGCACGGGACACAAUCGUUGGAUUCAGGUCUAUGCAGGAGAAGACAGAGGCAAUGCGCAAGGCCGAAACGCUGCCCAAGGCCGAACUCGGAAACCUGCCAGCUAAUAUAAUGCUAUGCAUUGGAAAACCAUAUAUGCUCACACUCAAUGUCGAUGUUUCCGAUGGUCUGGUCAAUGGCUCUGUUGGAAUACUGCAGUACAUACAAUACGAUACGCUCCGAGAGCCGGAACGCAUCUGGCUGCAUUUCGCUCACACCGCUGUGACGACCUCUCGAAACACGUGCAUAGACCUCGUCUUUCAAAAUCAGCCUUUGGUCCAUCACCUGGAACACAUAUCCUGCCACUUCUCAGAUCACAAGGCUUCCUUCAUAACAAUCAAGGACUGGGAUAAGAGUGCUAUUUAA